AUGAGGAUGUGGACAGCUUGGUGUGUGGCCAUGUACUUCUUCGGAGCAAGAGCUAAAAUCACCCAGACCUCAAAUCUUGUACUGAAAGAAAAUGACAAAGCUACUCUGACGUGCAGCCAAAAUGAUAAUCACAAUUAUAUGUCCUGGUAUCUGCAGCAGCCAGGGAAGGGGCUGCAACUGAUCUAUUAUUCCAUUGGUGAAAAUCAAUUGCAAAAGGGUGACAUUCACCAGGAAUAUGAAGCUAAACGGUUAAACCUUGCAGACUUCUAUCUGUAUAUUUUAUCUGUGAAGAUGAAUCAGUCAGCUGUCUAUUUCUGUGCCAGCAGUUUGGACACAUCACUUCAAAUUGGGCGUUAUGAGUUUAAUGGAUGGACUGUUACAUGGGUAAGGAAUUGGCUGGAUGACCAUGCCCAAAGUGUUACAGUCAAUGGCUCAAUGUCCAAGUGGAAACCAGUAAUGAGUGGUUUCCCUCAAGGGUCCAUACUGGGACUGAUACCAUUUAAUACUUUCAUCAAUAUCAUUGACAGUGGGAUUGAAUGCACCUUCAUCAAGUUUACAAAUGACACCAAGCUGAGUAGUGGAGCUGAUACACUUGGGGGAAGGGAUGCUUUCCAGAGGGACUUUGACAAGCUACAGGACGGGGCCCCUGUGAACAUCAUAAAGUUCAACAAGACCAAGUGGAAGUAUGAU